AUGUGGGGGUGGAUGGCCACGUGUUUCCGGGCAUUUAUGUAAACUUAUAUUGAUGUCAUUGAAAAAAUGGGCAAUAUGGGAUCUUGUGCAGUUGGGGAGUCCAGUUAUGGGGUCCUCAGCCCAGAUGCUCCCUGAGCCGAAGGGAUGGGCCUCUCCUGGCAGCUUCUCCCUGUGGCCCGCUGGGCUGGGCAGGGUGUGGGUGGGGUGCACUGGAGGCCUGAGACCCCCAUGGGGGUGAGGAGCCUUGGGGGAGGAGCAGGGUGAUGACUUCUGGGCUGGCCACGGGCAGGUGGCUGCCAAAGACACAGGGACUUGAGCAGCCUCAGACGCCGCCCCCCCUCCACCCCCGACAGCUUGCUAAGGCACAGAUCACGGGCCGCGCCUGAGUUUCUGACUUGGCAGGUCUGGGGCAGGGCCUGAGAAUGUGCAUUCUGCCAUGUGUUGAGGGGUGUGUUCUGGGAGUCUGAAGCCCCAUCCCAAGUGGGGCAGCUGAGCCUGGGGACCAAGGGCAUGUCAAUCCCUCGGGCUUUCCUUGAGCUCUUACUCUCCUUACAGAGGACUUUUUUGAGAAUCCUAAGGCAACCUUCAGGUGUCUGGCACGUUAAGCCCGCGUUAUUUGGGCCAAGGGCCCUUUUCCCCUCAUGCGAGGCUCAGCUGAUAUGCUGUGGGGUGGGAGUCGGAUCUGCCUGUGUAGACCUUGGAGCGCACUGGUCCUGGGCCCUCUCAUGACUAAAAUAAUCGUGACUGCUGUUUGCUCGCACAGUGGGAAAACUGAGGCCACACGGGCUCAGAAGCUUGCGCCAGCUUGGGUCUUCUGGGCUGGGAGCAGCCACGGCAGGGGUGUAUAUGGGGCGAUCUCCACCUCUGGGGAGGCAGGGCCUCACGGCUGCCUGGGGAGGCUGGUGCGGGGCGGUGGUGCCUGCUGGCCGGUGCCGGCCGGAGCACAGGAAGGCCCCGCUCCUCCACUCUGACCUAGACCUGCCUGCCCUCUAAGCGGGCAGACGGUGCGACUGGUCAAGCCAGCAGCUUGGGCCACUCUGGCUGCAGGAGGAAGAGCACGCACGUGGGCACUAGAGGCCUCGGGCUGCAAAUGUGCCUCACUUGUCCCCACGCGGCACCUCCCAGGCUCUCCCAGCUGCCGCGGGCAAUGGGAAACUGAGGCACAGGAGGGCUGCAGACUCCCCUAGACCUCAGGAGGACUUCCAGGAGGCUCUGCUGCUGUGUGAGGCCAGGCCAGGCCCCUGUGGACGGCCCCAGCUCUGGGAGCACUGAGCACCCCCCAGACUGCUGUCUGACAUGUCAGUCUAAUAGGCAUUUCAAAUUCAGCAUGUCCAAAAGCAAGUUCCAGAUCUUGCCCCAAACCCCGCCCUCAUGUUCUUCCCCAUGCUAGUCAAUCACUCAGGCCCAAGAGCAUCCUUCACAGCAUCCGGAGUCGACCCUGCUCCCCUCCUCUGCUACCACCUGACCUGAGCAGUCUCUUCCUGGGUUAUGACAAAAUCCACCAAUUGGUUUUCAGAUCCUCCCUUGCUGGGUCUCCACACAGUAGAAAUAGUGACCAUCACCCUGAGUCAGGUCAUUCUUGUGCUCGGAGUCCCCCUGCCUCCUGUCUCACUCAGAGGAAGAGCACAUGGCUCCCUAGCCCCCAGGUGUGCAUAGUCUGGUUUGUUACUCCUCAGAUAGUUCUCUCUGCUUCUUCCCUCCAGUAUACACUGGCCUUAGGACCUUGGCACCUGCUAUCCCUUAUGCCUAGAAUGUUCCUUUCUCAUUCCAGGAUGCUCCAUGACUAACACCAUCAGUCUAUUCCAAUGGUAUCUUAGCUGAGGCUGCCUUGACCACCCCUACAUUGCUUCGUGUUCUCCUCCUCCAUAGGUUCUCUUCUUCCACUGGAAUGUAACCCCAGGGGCAGGGUUUUGUGUGUCUAGGCUCCAGGAAUGAGGCCUCGUAUGCACAGAGCAUGUUUUGAAGAAACAUUUAUCAGACACCGGUGGCUGCAGGCCAAGGAGUCUGCCUGCCCACCCGAGCUGAGCCCUAAUGCCCACCCUUGGGUGGGGUGCCCCUCCUGGCCCUGCUGGGGCUCGCACUGUACACCUGUACACACUCAGGAUGCAGGCUGGCCUGGGAGGAGGAGGGCCUGGGAGGGGGGCCUGGCGGCUGGGCCUCUGAUGCCUUUUUCUUCUUCCCAGGAAACUAUGCCCCAGACGUCCAUUGUCUUCUCCAGCAUACUCGGGUCCAGCUGUAGUGGACAGGUGCAGCCCGGCAUGGGGGAGCGAGGAAGCGUGGCUGGCAGCUCAGGGGACCUCAUCUUCCAAGAGGGACGCCUCAUCUCUGGGUCCCUGGAGGCCUUGAUGGAGCACCUGGUCCCCACAGUGGACUAUUACCCGGAUAGGACAUACAUCUUUACAUUUCUCUUGAGCUCCCGGGUCUUCAUCCCCCCUCAUGACCUGCUGGCCCGUGUGGGGCAGAUCUGCCUGGAGCGGAGGCAGCAGCUGGAGACGGGGUCUGAGAAGGCUAAGCUGAAGUCCUUCUCAGCCAAGAUUGUACAGCUGUUAAAGGAAUGGACGGAGGCCUUCCCCUACGACUUCCAGGAUGAGAAGGCCAUGGCCGAACUGAAGGUCAUCACCCACCGGGUCACACAGUGUGAUGAGGAGAACGGCACAGUGAAGAAGGCCAUUGCCCAAAUGACACAGAGCCUGCUGCUGUCCCUAGCUGCCCGAAACCAGCUUCAGGAGCUGCGGGAGAAGCUCCGCUCACCAGCCAUGGACAAAGGGUCUGUCCUCAAGGCUAAGCCGCCAGCCACUCAGAAGGACAUCCUGGGCGUGUGCUGCGACCCCUUGGUGCUGGCUCAGCAGCUGACGCAUAUUGAGCUGGAGAGGGUCAGCAGCAUUCACCCUGAGGACCUGAUGCAGAUUGUCAGCCACAUGGACUCUCGGGACAAGCACAGGUGCCGAGGGGACCUGACCAAGACCUAUAGCCUGGAGGCCUAUGACAACUGGUUCAACUGCCUUAGCAUGUUAGUGGCCACCGAGGUGUGCCGGGUGGUGAAGAAGAAGCACCGGACCCGCAUGCUAGAGUUCUUUAUUGAUGUGGCCCGGGAGUGCUUCAACAUCGGGAAUUUCAACUCCAUGAUGGCCAUCAUCUCUGGCAUGAACCUCAGUCCUGUGGCGAGGCUGAAGAAAACGUGGUCCAAAGUCAAGACGGCCAAGUUUGACGUCUUGGAGCACCACAUGGACCCAUCCAGCAACUUCUGCAACUACCGCACCGCCCUGCAGGGGGCCACACAAAGGUCCCAGAUGGCCAACAGCAGCCGAGAGAAGAUUGUUAUCCCUGUAUUCAACCUUUUCGUUAAGGACAUUUACUUCUUGCACAAAAUCCAUACCAACCACCUGCCCAAUGGGCAUGUUAACUUCAAGAAAUUUUGGGAGAUCUCCAGACAGAUCCAUGAGUUCAUGACAUGGACUCAGGUAGAGUGUCCCUUCGAGAAGGAAAAGAAGAUUCAGAAUUACCUGCUCACAGCACCCAUCUACAGCGAGGAAGCUCUCUUCAUCGCCUCCUUUGAAAGUGAAGGUCCUGAAAACCACAUGGAAAAAGAUAGCUGGAAGACUCUCAGGACCACUCUCCUUAACAGAGCCUGAAGGCACGGAUGCAGCCUGCCGACGCUGGAUGAAGCACACACAUGCACUGAGUUUUAAUCUUGAUUGAUAAGGGUUGAGAUGAGGAGGCCUCACUGGUUGGGGUCCAUUUUGUAUAUAACUUUUAUGAAAAAAAAAAUUAUUUCAUGCAUCAACCUUUGGCACUUAACAAAGUUUUGUUUUGUUUUUUUUUUUGGUUGUUUAUUUUAAAUAACAGGGCAGGGCCCUGCUUCGGGGAGGGGUGGGGAAAGAGUAUCAUGGGAGAUGGCAUCCAUGAUAACAUCUUAUUCUAAUGAAAUGUAGAUUUUUAUUUUCUACUUUUGAUUAUUAACAUCUUAUGAAAAAAUAUUAAAAAAAAAAAAACCCAACCAAAACCAAUGUGAGCCCUGCCUGCUUGGACGCCCUUCUAGCCAGUGUCUCUGAUGUCGGGGUUAGUGCCUUAGAGAGUACUGGAGGGCCGGUCUCCCACUCCGUUCUUUUAGCCCUCAGGCAGCCAGUGCCGCCGGGGAAAUGCCAGGAAAGCUCUGCCCUGGGCCACAAGGCACCUGCCCUCAAAGCCUAGGCCAGAGAGGUUCCAGUAAGAAGGGCUUGGCUGGCCAGGGGGCCUCAUUUGCAUACUUCUAGAAGCAAACCUUGAGUACAGGCUUUCCAACGUUUACAUUUUCAUUUUCCUUUAUCAGGGAUUUAGGGGAUUGGGGAGGGGCAGGGGGAUACCGGGCAGCAUAUUUUCUGUUGGACUAUGUCUGGCAAAUUGUUCAACUACAUUUUAGGAAAAGAGAAAAUCUAAAAUAAUAUAGGGGGAAGGUGAUGGAAUUGUCUGUUUUCCAGGCUGUAACAGGUACACUGAGCUGUAAUGAGCAUAUGAGGAUGGGGACAUUUAACGCAGUUCUUCAAACUCCACUACAAAGUGAAAAGAAGCAACUCACAAAUUGGUAUUCUAGUGGACAGCCUCCUCUGUUCCUCUAGGUUGGGGGGCUCCCCUAAGGGAAUCUGAAACAGAAAAUUAGCCAGACCAGACUGCUGGAGCCCACUCACAUAAAACUGCCCAGCAUUUGGAGGUAUUUUUCACAUCCAAACUUGAGGAGUACACUCCCAUUUUCUGUCUUUCUGGCUGUGGGAUGGCAAGUCCUGGUCCCUCAAAAGCCAGAGGUGGGCCAUCGCUCUGACUCUCUCUUCCUCACAGUGGGGCUUUCAUUCUGCACAAGCAGAUUUGGAGUUACGCACCCUUGUUGCUCUCUGCACGCCUGGCUUCCUCCCACAGGAGCCUGCAGUUAGUUGCUAAUUCCCAAAGCUCCUAGGAGAGCCUGGAGAUGUGGAGGUGAGGCCUCAGGAAGGGGUGGCUCCAGGAUCCACUGCUGACGGUGCCCUCAGCCCUGGGUGGAGCAAGAAUAUUUACACUGUAUUGUCACAGUGUUUUCGCACUUUUCAGACAUUCUAGAUAGUACAUAUUGUAUCUUGAUAGGACAUAUUGCUUUGUUUAUGUAUUUGAGACAAAGAAAGGCUAAAAACUUGAGAAUAUAUAUUUGGAAUACAAUGUUAGAACACUUUCCGUCUUGCGUUAAGGAGCUUUCAUGUCAGUGUGCAUUUCACUGGAUCAUCAGUUCUAGUACCUACGGGAUACAGUAUCUAUGUUUGCUACUUUAUUUUCCCAAUUUGAUACACACCCUAUGAUGUUUUGGUAUUUUGAGAUGAACUCUGAGUACAAAGCUGUACCAUAAUGCAGGAUGUCAGUUGUUGGUGUUACUGGACCUACUUGCAUCAAUAAAAGAACAUGUUGCUCCCCUU